UUAUUUGUUUUUUUUCCGCAGAGGUCUGCCAACAUUUUAUGUCCACAAAAAUUAUUAUAAUUCUAAGAAGAAAGGCAUAAAUUAUGGAUAAAAAGGUGGUAUCGAAAAGUGAUGAAAAACCAUUAAUAAGUUACAGUGAUACUGAAGAUGUACAGAUCCCAACUGCAGGCACUUUCGGCAACUAUGACGAGCAAAGCGACGAAGAAAUAUUAAUCGGAGCUAACGAAAAUGGAAUACCUUCUGAUGAACUACUAAUAGACUUUAAAAACAAAGCACAGGUGGAGUCGGAACGUCCUAUUGUUCCUAUUGUAUUUAAAACCACACGUAAUACUUCAGUGCCAGUGUCAGAAAGGUUAGAGUCAUCCAGUGAUCAAGUCAAUUUGUCUGUGGAACCAUCAACAUCACAAGUCUCCCAACAGCAUCCCACAUUUCAUUUACGCUCUCGUACGGCGGCCAUUAACGAUCAGGCCGAUAUUUACGAGAGUUUAGACUAUGAUGUUUGCGAAAAUGUUCUAUUUCAAGCAGAACAGAAACGUCUUGCAGGCAUUAGAUGGGCGUCGCGUAAAGACAUAUUACGUUGGAUCAUAUUCAUACAAAUUGGUAUCAUUACCGCUCUAGUGGCCUGUACAAUCGAUAUUAUUAUCGAGGAAUUGAGUCGACUAAAAUAUAAAUUUUUAAAAUACCAGGUGGAUGGGAAUAUUUCUACGGGUGAUUUGGUCAUACCCUACCUAUAUUGGUUAAUUUUAAGCAUAGUUCCAGUUAGUCUAGGAGCCGCCAUGGUAACUUAUAUAGAACCGGUUACGGCUGGAAGUGGUGUGCCUCAAGUGAAAAGCUAUCUGAACGGUGUUAAAAUUCCACGAGUAGUGCGCAUUAAAACGAUGACUGUUAAAGCUGUAGGCGUCAUAACUUCCGUUGUUGGGGGGCUGGCAGGAGGCAAGGAAGGACCUAUGAUUCACGCCGGAGCGGUUGUAGCUGCCGGUAUAUCUCAAGGCAAAAGUACUACUUUUGCAAAAGAUUUUCGUGUAUUCAAAGACUUUCGUGAUGAUCAUGAGAAACGUGAUUUUGUCUUGGGUGGGGCGGCUGCUGGUGUGGCCGCUGCUUUUGGCGCGCCAAUAGGUGGAAUGUUGUUCUCUUUGGAAGAGGCGGCAAGCUUCUGGAAUCAAAAUCUCAUAUGGCGAACUUUAGUAGCCUCUAUCAUCAGUUCUUUUACUUUGAAUAUUGUAUUGUCUGCCUAUCACGGUUUAAAUAAUUACACCUUCAUCGGUCUUUUCAAUUUGGGAAAAUUCGAACAGCCUUUGACUUUUAACUAUUACGAAUUACCAAUAUUUAUGUUAUACGGUAUAGCGGGCGGUCUGUUAGGCGCCUUUUGGAAUAUGCUAAAUACUCGCUUAAGUCGUUUCCGGGCGAGAUUUAUUAAACCGAAAUUCGCCAAAGUUCUAGAAGCAACGUUUGUGGCUAUGUUAGGUGUUUCAAUGGCUUGUGCUAUGAUAUAUUUCAUUAACGAUUGCCGUCCUCUGGGAAAUGAUCCAACCGAAUAUCCAACACAGCUAUUCUGUGAGGAUAAUGAAUAUAAUGCAGUGGCUGCUUUAUGGUUCCAAACACCGGAGGCCACAGUUCGUUCUCUGUUCCACGAUCCUCCUGGGUCUCAUAAAAUCUUAACUUUAACUACCUUCACUUUAAUUUACUACGUGUUUUCUUGCUUAACGUUUGGCCUCAAUGUCAGCCUAGGAGUAUUCAUACCUACAGCUUUGGUGGGUGCCGCUUGGGGUCGCCUGGUGGUAAUGAUUGCUUAUUAUCUCUUCCCUAAAGCGGCUUUCCUAAACCCUGGUAAAUAUGCUUUAAUUGGAGCCGCGGCUAAUUUAGGUGGUGUACUGCGUAUGACGAUCAGUUUAACGGUAAUUUUAAUGGAAACCACUGGAAUGGAGCCAUCUUUUUUUUUUCCUAUAAUUUUAACCUUGAUUAGUGCAAAGUGGGUUGGCGACUAUUUCAACGAAGGUAUCUAUGAUAUACAAGUGGCCGUUAAUCAUGUGCCGAUGAUGCCAUGGGAACCUUUAUCACAUUAUCGGGGAUUGAGAGCUUCAGAUAUUAUGAGCGCACCAGCAGUGUGCGUUAUGCUGCAAGAUAAAGCGAAUUAUAUAUAUGACAUAUUAACGCGAUGCAAGCACAACGGUUUUCCGGUAGUGGAAGAUGUCAAAGGGAAUGAACGGUGUUCGGGUCGCGUGUGUGGCAUCAUUUUGCGAUCGCAAUUGAUUGUUAUUCUAUUGAAGUCGCUGUUUGAAGAGAAUAAACGGUUUUGGGAGAAAGAAGUUUCCAUUCAAACCUUCCGUGAUCUUUAUCCACGUUAUCCAUCCAUAAAGCAUGUUAAGAUGGAUAAUGAUAAAAUCAAUUACACGAUUAAUUUGAAUAUAUUUAUGAACCCAUCACCGGUUUGCGCAAAUGAGCAUGAAUCCGUACCAAAAAUUUUUAAUAAAUUUCGUGCCUUGGGUUUACGUCACUUAGUAGUAACGGAUCGUGAAAACCGCAUUGUUGGCAUUAUAACGCGUAAAGAUUUUCUUUAUAAAUAACAUCUGCGUAAUCCGCUAAAUUGCAUUUAUCCCUUUAGGUCCAGAAUGGGCCUUCAACAUUCAUAUUAAGUUUUGUAUAAUUAUACUUAGGCUUUAAAAGCUUUUUAAAUUAAGAUUAUUAGCUCAUAGGAAAUAUUCACUGGUAUUAAAAGCAUAUUUUUUUAAAACCAUAACGAAUUCUACUUUAAUUGUUUCACUAAGAUAGAUUCGAGUUGACUUUGUUCUAACUUUGGUAUUUUUUUUUUUUAUUUAACCAUUAAAUUGCCCGUUUAUGUUCU